AUGACGCACGCUCGCUUCUUUACACAACAAAGAUGGCGGCGCCCUGCAUGAAUCUGAUGAGGUCGGCUUUUGAAGGAUUGCAUCAGCUGUCAAUAAGGACAUUAUGGAUAGCAUCUCCCUUUAAGAGUAAGAUUUCUCAUAUCGGAUUGCAGAAUGUUUUACAUAGCAGAGCUCUACACUGCAGGCAUUUCUGCUUACAUACUACCAGCAAGACACAGAACCCAAAAGAACAUGAAUCCAAGACAGAGCAACAAAGGAAAGAAGAGGAGAAUGAAGAAGAUGAAGAUGAUAACCGGCCUGAAUACAUUCCAAAAAGAAAGGCCAAAAAUCCAAUGAUGAAGAUUGGAUAUGCGUGGAUGAUUGGCAUGCCCACUGGAGUUAUUGGCUUUAUUCUGGCAAAGAGACAGGUGGACAAGAACCGACUGAAGCAGCUGAAAAUCAGACAGAGAAUGAAAAAAUCCAAUGAGGGAGAUUACGACACAGAGCGAUAUAAACUUGCCACCAGGGUGGAGUGAAAGCAUCUGUUACAAAUGACUACUGUGCUGAAAAAUGCCUUUUUAUUGAGCACUUAUGGUUGGGUUGCUGUGGAUACAUUAUAAAACAAAGACUUUGAAAGCUGGUUUGUAUGAUGAUGAUAGACCUUUGACCAGGAGUUGGAAACAAAUUGUUGGUUGUAAGAUUAAAUCUUUCUGUCUGAAAAUGAGACUUUGAUGUCAUUGCAGCAUGUUUGAAUUUAGUAUGGUUGAACAUUAAUAUAAUAAAAACUGACGUGCAACCAUCAAAUAUGUGUUUUAUGCAAUGUUUAAUAUGACCAUUCCCAAAAUAACAAUGAUACAUUUUAAAUUGAAGCCAUUCUUCAACAAUAUGACAAAGGCACUUGAAAAAAAAACAGCAUAAUGUAAUAUUCCAUUUAUGUUGUUAAUACUAUUUUAUUGUAUUUACGGCGUGUAUUUGAAACUAAACAAACAGAGGCACCACAUAGUAGUAUCAAAUGAAUAAAGUAAAGAAAAAUCUCAA